ACAUGCAUAAGGGAAACUAAUAGACUACUGAAUUGAUUGCUCUCUAUUUAAGACCGAAAUUACAAACAGAGACAAAAUCAAAGUUAAACUGGUCAAAAAGAGGAAUGCAUGGAAAGUUCCACAAGAGAAUGCCAACCACCUUUUACAAUAAAGAGGCUUGGAGAUGUAUUGUUUUAGCUGGAGAAGUAGAUGCAACUAACUUAACUCGUAGAGGAAGUUCUAGUCAGUUUAUUUCUUCUGCCAAGGGGCUCAUGUACAAAGUAUUAUUGUAUUACUCUGUAUUUCUGAUACAAUAUUAUAUGCUACAUGAGAAUUAAAAAGGUGUAUUUAUUCUGUGUCCUGUAAGAGUCGCACUGAGGUUCUAAAUGCAGUUGUUUGAAUGCAGGUGCGUAAACGCAUUGCACAAUCUGAAAGAGAGUGAUGUGUGUGCUUUGUGAGAAGAAAGAAAAAGGACAAACCCUUAACAAAGAGACGAUGGGACCAGCUGCGGCCGUUGGGGAAAGCGAUGCUGCAUUUGGUAGCAAAUAGGAAAAACAAAUUGCUGGCCAGCUGAUGCUGUUUUUCUCAGAAUAGAUACACUCUGAGAUUUCUCCUCCCACCCCAUUUUUGAGAUGUCACCUAAAUUUUACUCUAAUUUACGUGAGAUUUGUCGAGGAAUGGCAAUACUUCCUGAAAAAGAGUUUGGAGACGGACCAAGAAGUUGGCUGGCAGCUGGAAACGGGUUUUUCUCAGCCGAAAAGGCACCGACCAAGAUGUCGAACACUUAAAAAUAAUAUUAUCGGGGACGGCGUCGUAACUAAGCACAACCAACUCUUCAAAGUGGAAGUUGAAGAUGACUUGAAGACGGCUGUUUUAACCUUCAGUGAGGUGUUCAAAGAUUAAGAGAGAUAGCCAAUCAAGUCAAAUGAAAUCUGAUUUGAUUUGAUGAAGAGAUAAAGCAACGACGUAAGAAGAUACUUAAAAGGAAAUCGUGUGUCCUACAACAUGCAGAGACAUAUAAAAAGAACAAGACUUCUAAGAAGAUAACAGGAAGGCCAUAUGUAGAGUUGCCAUCUUUGUCUCUAUAGUUAUAUAUCAGGUAACCCCCUCUGGAAACAACACAUGAAAAAAACAACUAGACUUUUUCCUGAUGUCAUUGGAAGCAGCAUAAUGCUCUCCAUGCUAAUUACCCAAAUCAUUAACUUAAGAUGAUAGAAACAUUUUAAAAUAUCAACUCCGCAAACAUUUUGGUUCUGAAAUGAAUUGAAAUGAAAUCACAAUUUUCUUUUUUCAAAAGACGUAUUAUUGGUAGGUUAAAACUUGUCCAAAAUCAGAGAUGAAUAAUUGCCCUUGGAAAAACUUUGUUAUUACUAUAGAUGAGCAUCAUCAGGGACAAAUGGAUGUAAAUGCAAGAAGCCCGUCCUGCACAAAAUGCCAUGCAUUAUGACUCCCAAAAAGCAUCGCUCAGCAGGUAAAAUUGCUCAGCAUCUAAGUCUGAGAGGAACGGGCCGAGGCGCACUCUGAGAUUAAUGCUCCUGUCUGGAUCAUCCAUUUAUGAGGAAAGGUAAAGUGUGGGUAGCAUCAGUGUCGACUGUAUGUGUCUGCUUUUAAAUAGUCUCUGUUUUGAUCCCGGUGGCAUUUGUAGAGUUGGGUCUUUUUAUGUCGUUGUAAUUUAAUAGUCAGAAAUGCUGGAUGAGAAAGUAAAUGGAAUCUGAUUUGACAGCUCAAUAUGUCCACGGUGAUGCUGAGACGUUGACGGAGAGCAUUUUUUUGAAUCCAGAUGCCAGGGAUUAGACGAGACGGAGCUGAAAUGGAACGGUUGAAAGCAUCAGGACUUCUGACGAUUUCCAGCUUCUCUCCUGACCCUCUUCCGUCCAAACACGCAGCUAUAAGUGGGCAAUCAUGAACUGGGGUAAUCUAAUGGUGCUCCUGAGUGGAGUUAACAAAUACUCCACUGUGUUUGGCCGGGUCUGGCUCUCUAUGGUGUUCAUCUUCCGGAUCCUGGUGUUUGUGGUAGCAGCUCAGCGGGUGUGGAGCGACGAAAGCAAAGACUUUGACUGCAACAUUAAGCAGCCAGACUGCACCAUUGCCUGUUACGACCAUGUCUUCCCCAUCUCCCCCAUCCGCCUGUGGGCCCUGCAGCUCAUCUUCGCCACCUGCCCAUCGCUCAUGGUCGUCGGUCACGUCAAGUACAGGGAGAAGAAGGACAUGGAGUACACUACCUCCCACAAGGGGGAGCACUUGUAUGCCCACCCUGGAAAGAAACGUGGAGGCCUGUGGUGGACUUACCUGGUGAGUUUGAUCUUCAAGGCGGGCUUCGAUGCUGGCUUCCUCUAUAUCUUGUAUUUCAUCUACAAGGGUUACGACAUGCCCCGCCUGACCAAGUGCGAACUGCCACCUUGCCCCAACGUAGUGGACUGCUACAUAUCCCGGCCCACGGAGAAAAAGAUCUUCAUGCUCUUCAUGGUGGUCUCCUCUGCUGCCUGCAUCUUAAUGUGCAUCUGCGAAAUGGUGUACCUCAUCUUCAAACGUAUCAAAAAGAUCAUUAUAACGAAGAAGGAGUACGACAUGCAGAGGUUCUUGGAAAGUCACAAAAUGACGCCUCUCUCAGAUCCAAGGCCGUUCAGAUCCAAAGUAAGAGUGGAUCCUACAGUAUCUAUUCAGAAUCUCAACAACAUCAACACUGAAGAAAAGCCUCUUAAGCGAGUGGAGGAAAGCUAGAAGUACACUCUACAGAGUGUUUUUGUCGAACUCCAUGGAGAGAGGGAGUUGUCCAUGAGAGAAAACGCCAGUUGCUUUAAGCAAUCCUUUAAUGUGGAUUUGUAAAUAAUUUAGAUAAUAUUCUGAAGGACACGAUGUGCACCUCUUCUCUCUUAACACAGAGGUCUCCAGUGUGAAAGGAUUGUGUGUUUGACUAGUCUUAUUUGACUGGUUGUAAUUGUGUUCUGGUUGUGCUAUCUGUAAUAUUUGUAAAUAACUACAACACAAAUAAAUAAAUGAACGUGGCCACUUAUGAGGAUGUAAGCAUUGACCAUGUAGAACUAUAAAUAGUAUUGAACAAUGCCUAGCAUUUUCUAGUACAACUGAAUGACUCAGUUUUAUUUAUCUCAGGUAAAUAGUCUUAUCACACCCUUUGAUUACAACUGCUUCACAAUAAAAGUUUAUAUUUUUCAUGUAGCUGGAAAGUUGUAUUUUCAUAAACCUAUUUUAAUAGAGCUUUAACAAUAAAAUAGUUAAAAAGAGAGUUUGAAAAGGGGGUAAAGACACAUAUUGAAGACGUUUUGCUUUAUAUUUUGUAUUUAUUGAUGCAACCAAUAAAGUCGUUAUUUACAAACAAAUGAA